ACAUAUUUAGACGAAGGCCGGUUUACAUGGCGACACGAUUCUGUUUUAAAUUUCCUCGCAUCCACUCUUACUGCUGUGAAAAAUUCCACACUUUACGCGGACAUUCCUGGUUUUAUGAAUCCAUCUGUUAUCACGGGAGAUCAUUUACGACCUGACCUUCUGCUGGUGACUGAAAACAGAUGUCUAUACAUCCUCGAGCUUACAGUCGGUUAUGAAUCCAAUCUGCUAGUUAACGCCAAUCGUAAGCGUCAAAAGUACCGUGAUCUAAUCAAUGAGCAGGAAGCAGAUUAUGAUAAAGUCAAGUUCGUCAAUUUAUCCUUGAGUACCCUCGGAGUUUUUGGCCGAUCUUCUGAAAAUUUCGAUAGCAUGCUAAGUAGCCUUAAAUGUGAUGCCAAGUAUAGUAAAUACAUAAAAAAGCAAAUCGUGAACAUAUGCAUACGAACAUCAUAUUAUGUAUUUUGUAAACGAAACAAGGUGUGGGAUAACCCAAAAUUAAUGUUAAUAUAAUCCUUCUUAAAAUAAUUAUUGUACAAUAAAUAUAUAGUAUCAAUUCAAGUAGACAUUGAUAAACUACCUGUAAAGCGAGGUUUAUCAUUGUAGUUGUAUAUAUCCUAAUAAUCAAUAAAUAAAGUUUCCAUUAUUAUUGCGACAAAAUAUAUCCGAAAAUGGCUGGAACUUCCUGUCUCUGCAACCCUUAGCAACGUGUUGCUUCCACAAAAUAAAUUUGGUCUGAAUAUUAUUCUCCUUUCGACAAAAUUUAUCCAAUGUCAAACUGUCUCUCGAUCAGCUUUAAAAUACUCACCAAACGUAGAUAUUAACAAUCUAUGGGCGGUGACGAGCACCAACAAGAACGUACAGUAUGACAUUUACAAAGACACAAAAGACGUACUUAAAGCAGUUAGAAAAGAAAACGAACAAAGACUUCAAAACCACCUCAUUUCGCAAGGUUCUUUCUUUUCCAGUAUCAUGAAUCAUUCCACAUCCACAUUCAACUCUUUAUGGUCAUCCGUUCAGAGCAAACUUCCGAAAAACAUUUUUAACUUCACCAUCCGAUAUAUCAAUAACACACUUCCAACACGAAAGAACCUAUCAAAAUGGGGACUAUCAUCAACAUCCGAUUGCUCUUUCUGCUCCUCACCUGAAACGCUGCUCCAUGUGAUUGCUGGAUGUAAGACAUAUUUAGACGAAGGCCGGUUUACAUGGCGACACGAUUCUGUUUUAAAUUUCCUCGCAUCCACUCUUACUGCUGUGAAAAAUUCCACAAUUUACGCGGACAUUCCUGGUUUUAUGAAUCCAUCUGUUAUCACGGGAGAUCGUUUACGACCUGACCUUCUGCUGGUGACUGAAAACAGAUGUCUAUACAUCCUCGAGCUUACAGUCGGUUAUGAAUCCAAUCUGCUAGUUAACGCCAAUCGUAAGCGUCAAAAGUACCGUGAUCUAAUCAAUGAGCAGGAAGCAGAUUAUGAUAAAGUCAAGUUCGUCAAUUUAUCCUUGAGUACCCUCGGAGUUUUUGGCCGAUCUUGUGAAAAUUUCGAUGGCAUGCUAAGUAGCCUUAAAUGUGAUGCCAAGUAUAGUAAAUACAUAAAAAAGCAAAUCGUGAACAUAUGCAUACGAACAUCAUAUUAUGUAUUUUGUAAACGAAACAAGGUGUGGGAUAACCCAAAAUUAAUGUUAAUAUAA